CGCUCCUAACCUCGUUUUUCUUUCCUUGAUCAAACCUUCACGAUUUCGAUAUGGCUUCGUCUACUGCAGAGAAGCACCGGAUAGCUGUGCACGAGAAGAAGCGCAAAGAAAUGAUGGAUGAGUUCGAACGCCAGAAAGUUGAGAUGACACGCGAGACUGAUCGGAACCGCACUGGAGCUGAUCGAUUCGUGGGCAAAUCAGAUUCAAUGGAAGAAAGCUUGAAGAUGCAGACAGUAGGAUUAGUAAAGCUUGAAGACUUUCAACAGAAACGACAAGCUCUGGAAGAGGAGAAGAUGAGAGAGGCUGCAAGAUCCAACGAAUUGAAGGAAGAAGAGCCGAAAAAGAAGAAGAAGAAGAAAUCAAAGUACAACCUAUCAUUUGCAGUGGAUGAGGAUGAAGAAAUCACUGUUACUGAAAAUAAAGCAUCGUCAUCGAAGACAGAAUCGUCGUCUACGGCCUCCCGAAAAGGUCAAUUUGGCAAGAACCCGACUGUAGACACUUCUUUUUUGCCGGAUAGAGACAGGGAAGAACUGGAUCGUCGUGAGCGUGAAGAAUUGAGGCAGAAAUGGUUGAAGAUGCAGGAAGCUAUCAAACAGGAAGAUAUUGAGAUCACAUAUUCAUACUGGGAUGGCACCGGUCACCGGAAAGAGGUCACUUGCAAGAAAGGUGAUAGCAUAGCACAAUUCCUAGAAAAGGCGAGGACACAGUGGCCCGAGUUGAGAGGGGUCUCCGUUGCUGACAUCCUAUACGUUAAAGAAGAUCUGAUCAUUCCUCACCAUUAUACAUUUUAUGAUUUUAUCGUCAAUAAAGCAAGGGGUAAAUCCGGCCCGCUAUUUAACUUUGACGCUCAUGAUGAUGUACGAUUAGUAGCCGAUGCAACCGUGGAAAAAGAUGAAAGUCACGCGGGAAAAGUAGUGACACGAACUUGGUAUAACCGAGCCAAGCAUAUCUUCCCGGCUUCUCGAUGGGAACCAUAUGUGCCAGGGAAAGAUUACGGAGCAUACAAGAUCAAGGGUUGAUAACCUCGUUCCUCUGGCUGAGAGCGCUGUUGGGACAACCAUUGUCUUUCAAACAGAAGAAUACGAAAGAAUCUUGGAAUCAUUUUCAAACGCAACUCGACCGAAUUGUAUCAUCAAUAGUGGGAAUAUACAUUGAUUCGUGGCCAGUGAGGGUUCGGGACGCAAUAGAGCCAUUUUGUAGGUUGAGCUUGUUUACAGUGGUAUUGCUUGUUUUCAUUUGCUUUAUGUACAUGUUAUAUCAGUCAUCUACGAUGUUUGCUAAUCACACGAUGGGUAUGGAGCGCU